AUGGCAAAAGACGAGACCUUCGAGACAUUUCCGCUCGGCGACUGGGAUCUGCAGAGCGGGGGAAAGAUAUACGACGCUCAUAUCGCGUUCAAGACCUUUGGUCACUCCAAGUUGCCACCGAUCGUCUAUCCGACAUGGUUUUCUGGAACUAUAUCGGACAACUUUUGGUUGAUCGGAGAGAAUAUGACGCUCAACCCCGAGAACUAUUUCAUCAUCAUCCCUGCCCUGUUUGGUAAUGGACAGUCUUCGUCUCCAUCAAACCAAGGAUCCGAAUCAAAAAAUGUGCCCUUCCCAAAAGUCUCAAUGUACGAUAACGUGCGGGCCCAGCACAAACUUGUGGUCGAGCACUUUGGUAUCACGCAUCUACGCGCAGUCUUGGGUUGGUCCAUGGGAGGUGCGCAAACCUUCCAGUGGGCAUCGCAAUACACUGAUUUCAUGGAUCUGGCGAUCCCAUUUUGCGGCGCCGCAAAAGUUGCCUUGCAUAACAUGGUUAUGCUUGAGGGCGUCAAGGGUGCACUUCUUAGCGCCAAGUCAAUCCCACCCCCGAAAAUAGGAGACAUUGCCUGGCCAACUACUAAGGGAGAAAGCUACCGAACAUGGUCGGACCAGGAGAAGAGCAUCGGCCUCAAAGCCUUCGGACGGGCAUAUGCUGGAUGGGGGUUUAGCCAAGCUUUCUAUAGAGCGAAGGUGUACGAAACCACUCUAGGUUACAAGGACCUGGAAGACUUCAUGGUCAACUUCUGGGAGAAAUGGGCUUGCUCCAAGGACCCGGAGAACAUGCUUGUCAUGCUGCAGACUUGGCAGCACGCCGAUAUCUCCAAGCAAGAGCCGUACAACGGCGACUUUGAACUAGCCUUGGCAUCCAUUAAGGCUAAGACGCUUGUCCUGCCGGGAAAGACGGACCUCUAUUUUCCACCUGAGGAUUCCGAGUAUGAGGUGAAAUGUAUGAAGGACGGAGUCGGCGAGUUGGCUGUGUUCCCUUCUAUCUGGGGCCACUGGGCAGGAGGUCCUGGUGACAGUAAGGAAGACGUCGCAUGGCUGGAUCAGAAGUUGGCGAAGUUCUUUGGAUCUGACGAAUUAUGUAUCAGAUAG